CAGUGCGCAUGCGCGCAGACACUAACCCGGAAGUGUAACAAGUAAACAAGCGACCAGUGCGCCUCGGAGAGAACUUGCCCGGUUUUUAUCUCUAACCCGCCGCUAAGAUGUCUAAAAUCGAGCUGCUGCGGCUGCUCAUCACCCAGCGGCUCACCGCCGCCGCGGAGGAGAUCUUCGGGGUGUUCGGGAGAACCAUAGCCGAGUACGAGGAGGAGAUCUCCCGCUCCAAGCUGGAGAUCGACCGCCAGCGGCGGCUGCUCGAGCUCCGCCGGAAGCCGCGGGUCGCGCUCUCUCUGCGGGGGAACAGCUCCGUGGACUGGAGCUCCGGUCUGGACCUGAACAAACCUCCGUCCAUCAAAGAGGAGGAGGAGGAGGAAGAGGAGGAAGAGGAUCUGUGGCGGGACGAGACGGGGGGGCACGACGACGUCAAGUUCCUGUUGUUCCGGAGCGGCUGCCAUGGCGACGGAGACGGAGACCAGGAGGACACCGGACGCCUGGCGUCCUCGCUCUCGGACCCCGGCGGCCCGGGAGACGACUCUGAGCUGGACGCCCUGCCGGGCCCCUCGCUCUACCCGUCGGCCCCGCAGCCCGGCGACCCGGACGAGGACGGCGUCGCGGCGGGUAACGGCGGUCUGGACGACGUCGCCCGCGACGCGGCGGACUCCGAGGCGGUGGACUCGUACAUCUGCACCGUCUGCGGCCGGGCGUUCGCCCAGCGCGGCGCCUGGGCCAAACACGUGCAGACGCACCGCAAGGCGGACGCCAAGGCCGACAAGUCGUACACGUGCGACAUCUGCGGGAAGAGACUGACGCGCUUCGACGGCUACCAGAAGCACCUGCGCAUCCACACCGGCGAGAAGCCGUACUGCUGCGACUGGUGCGGCCGCCGCUUCAGCGACAACUCCAACUACAAACGGCACGUUCGCACGCACGCCGGACAGACGCUGCCGCAGAGCUGAGGCACGGACUACG